AUGGGCGCGCGUGCACGAGGAUGGCCUGAGUCGCUCAAGCUCUUGGAUGCGCUUCACCAGCGAGGCCUGGAGGCCACAAUGGUGGCCACCAGCAGCUGUCUCGGCCGCCUCGCCGCAGGUGAGGGCACUUGGCGCCAUAGCCUCCGCCUGCUGCGAACCGUGCGGCUCCAAAGGCCCAAUGCAGUGCCCUUCAACGCCGCCUGCACCGGCUGCGGGCGCGCGAAGGAGUGGCAGAGGAGCUUCCAGAGCUUCGAGCCUCGCAAGCGAUUCGCGGGUUCCGGCGCCGCGCAUGCCGUGAUUCGCGGCGUUUUCUAUGGCGAGCUGGGGGAGGUGCUGCGCUGGGAUGGUGUGCUGCCAACAGCCAUCACCUGCUCCGCCUUGAUUACCGCCUGCGCGGUGUGGGCGACUGGCAUGCUGCUCUUCCUUGAGAUCGCCCGCCUGCUCCUUGGUCUGAAGUCGCCAUGUUACCAGUACAGUUGGUUCUCUUCCACUCCGGGCAUGUUCUAUAGCUUAUGGCGUUUGGCCCCGGACCUCGUGGCCCUGAACGCGGCGGCCAAGAGCGCCGAGCGCUGGGACCUGGCGCUGCGCCUCAUGGGCGCGGGGCAAGCCUACGGCCUUCGCUGCGACGCCGUCUUCGCCACGGCCUUGGUGACUGGCGGCGUUUGGCGCGCCUCGCUGGCGGCGUGGCAACUCCUGCGCCAGGUCGCGAUGCGCUUAAAUCUGAUCCACCUGAAUUCCGUGGUCUUCGGCCUGGGCCAAGGCCAGCAGUGGGAGAGAGCCGCGUCCUUCUCCCAAACGACUUCUCUGCAGCUGGAUGCGGUAACGCUCAGCGCCAAGCUGACGGCAUGCUGUGAGGGACUGCAGUGGGAGGCCGCCCUGCGCUAUCGCGUGGGAGAUCCGGCGGCGGCCACGGGGCUCCUGCGGGCCCUGCGCAGCGUGAAGUGGCGCCGGGCGCUGCGCAGCUGGGCCCUGCUGCGCUCGGAGGCGCUCGCGCCUUCGAGCGGUGUCGCUCGGAUUUGGUGGACUGAGAAGCCAAGGGAUCCAUGGUACCUAUGGUACCAGCACUUGAAGGAGGGCAUGCGAGAGGAUUCACAAGCGAGUUGA